CUACCAGUACAGUGAACGCGCACAGUAGAGGUACAGGUUUGGCCAGGUUUGGAUGCGAAAACACCAAAUAGCAGGUGCACGACAAGUGCCGCGCGGGUUAUACGGUGAGCAGGAUGAAGAGGACAAUCUGAGAAUCAAUUCGGACCAGUCGAAUGUACACCCUGUCACGCUUUAAAUGAGAUGUGGAUUUUUCCCGGAAUAUUUCUUAUUAGUUUGUUAAGAUAAUUUGAUGUUCUGCCAAAGACAUCUCGAAUAGAUCCAACAAUGAAGACGUUUCUAUUUCAAUGCCUACUCGUUGUAUGUGUGCUAAGGAUUGGUGAAGCCCUGGAAUUCACUGAUCAGCCACAGAGUAUGACCAUCCCAGAAGGCACAAGUAUCAUCUUAUCCUGUGAUGUAGACCAGACCCAGAAUGUAGCCUUCUCUUGGACUCGCAAUGAUGUCCCUGUAGAAGAUUCAUCAAGGAUCUUCAUGGACACUAGUAACAAUCUCAAGAUUGGUGAUGUAUCAAGGGAAGAUGCUGGUAGCUACAAAUGUGUAGUGCAAUCAAGCUCGUUAUCUGAACCAAUCACAAGUCAGCCAGCUGUCAUCAAUGUCACUUAAAAAGAGAUGGAAAUGUACUGACGGACAAUGAGACAAACAUACAGGAGGAUGCAUUGUAGGUGAUGGAUUUGAAGCAGAUAGAAGUCCAGAGAAACAUUCCAGAGGAUUUGCCAUAUGUUGAUGCAUGUAUCAUCAUGUAUCUCAUAUUACUGAUGCAUGAUGGUCUUAGAUGCACCCGAGAGUACCAUGAUUGAUCUUCUUCUAUCUCGUAUCAAUGAUACAUUGGUCUGUAUGGUGUCCUAAAUCUUCAUGUGAAGGAAUACAUUAGAUGAUUUAUUUUUCCUUCAAAAGUUGCAUUUAUGCUUUGCAUACAAAGGACUGAGAGCAGUUGUACCUUAUUGUGCAGUAGAAACUAAAGUAACUUAAAAAAUAAAGUAACUUCUUUUUACUGAUUGAACUGACAACACUUGCAAAUAGGCCUAAAACACAUUAGUUAUCACUAAUUCUUUGAUUUGCAAAUUUUUUUAGAGACAAAAUUCAUUGUUACUGUCAAAAUAGAUGGACUUUUUUUGUAUUUUUGUUUUUAUUGAAAGAAUCAAACAUAUUUACAUAGAGAAAAAACAAACGUAUUAUCAUUUCUAAGUAAAAAAAAACAUAAAACGAGAAAGGACAACACUACACACCACAAUAUGUACAAAACUGGAUUAUUGUCUCACUUUUGCGAGUAGACUUCCCCUACUGCCUGCGGUUUAGCACACUGACAACAUAGUCAGCCGACUGAAAGAAAAACAAAAAAUCUUUGGAAUCCUCAGAAUAAUUGAAAAUUUAUGAAACCAACAUUUUGAAAGAUACGAAAAUUAAAAAACAAUGUAUUUUAAUCAUGUUUUUUGUACAUGAAGGCCUAAUGCGAAGACAUGUUUGACCAAAAUGUCAAUUUUAGAUGCGAGUUUGUCAGAAUCAAAUUGAGGGAAUAUAAUGAAUCAAUAGUUCAUGUGGACCUUAGCAAUUCUAGCCAAAAUAUGUUUUCAUACGAUUUUGUGGUUUCUAGCACAAAUCAAGUUGAUAUGAGUUCUGUUUGGUGUUUUUAUGGCUGUGACCUUUUGAACUAUUCAGCUAAAAAAUGGGUCUCUAGAGCUGCACAAUAAUGAUUUGUACACUUUGUUUUUCUUUUAUCUCAGAAUGUUAUGGCUGUUCUUGAUUCAUGUUUAUUCAAAAGAGUUUGCGCUCUUGAACUAACAUUUACAUUGAUGAGAAUCAGAAAACAGAAUGACAAAUU